GGGAGCGGAGCGGAGCGGGGCUCGGAGCGGGCCGAUGGCGUUCAGCGCCUGGCAGAUCCUCUCCCCGGUGCAGUGGGCCCGGUGGACCUGGUCCGCGGUGCGGGGCGGGGGCAGCCCCGACGGGGAGGAGGAGGAGGAAGAGGAGGAAGAGGACCCGGCCCUCGGCUUCAGCUCGGACUCCAAAGAUAGUUUUGAGACCCCUGAAGCAGGAACACCGACCAGCGCGCUGCUAAAGGAGCCGCCGCUGGAGCCCGAGGCUGGGACCGGAGAGCCAAGUGGCCAUGGUGACCUGCUGGUAGGGGAAGCCCAUGGGGACAACUCACCAGGGAAGCAUCCCAAAGAUGAGGCUCAAGCGGAGAUCGCAGCUCCUAAAGCCAGUUUGGAUGCAAAAGGGGAAAACGACCCCGAAGAUGCAUCCCUGAGGCAGCCUCAGGCUCACAUCCAGCCCCAAGGAGCACCGGGCAGUGGGACCGACCAGGAACGGGUCAUGCUGGGAGAGGAUGCGGUGGAUGCCAGCAUGGGGAUGGCAGAGCCGAAGGGGGAUGCUCUGGUCCAGGAUGGGAAAGGGAUAACAGAAGGAUCCAUAGAGGAGACCCUGGAGCUGUAUGAUGGGAGUGUGAACCCCACUGUAGCAUCAGCCCCACACUGCCCCCCCCAACCCAGCAACAGCACUGGGGAGCAGGGGGGGGACCCGGAGCACAAAGAGCAUCCCCCAAAGCCUGAGGAAGGAGGAGAGAGCCCAGAGACCAGGAGAGCAGCGCCCAGGAGGGGCAGCAGGAUCCCGGCCAGCAAAGUGACCCCAAAGAGGCACCGAGAGCCCCCCAGGAAACCAGUUGAGGAUGCAGAGAGGGGCCCCAUGGAUCUGCCCCCUCCCGGCUCCCCCCGGCUGGGUCCUGCACCCCGGAUAGGCCCCUUGGGUGGCAGCUCAGCACUGCAGGACUUGCCGGCUCUUCCCAAAGGAUCCUACCAGUUUGAUCCCAAUCACUUGGAGGCAAUGGAUCCGUUUAAGCCCACCAAGACCCUCAGCAGCUCCAGCACCGACUCCUGCCCUGCUGCUGACAACAGCCUCAAUGAGAUCCUGGAAUCACAGGCGCUGGAGGUGCAGGAUGAUCCCGGCAGAGGCAGCCCCAAGAAGCCCAAGUCCCGCCUGAUAACGAGCGGCUGCAAGGUGAAGCCCUAUGAGACACAGCCCCUGGUCCUGGAUGCUGGUGCUCAGGAUGAAGGAGCGCUGAUCCCAGAAAUCCCGGAUAUUGCCAAUCGGGAUGGACGAGCCACUGAUGAGGAGAAGCUGGCCUGUACCACUGGCCAGAAACCUGGGCUGGAGAAGAAGGCUGAGCCCGAAGAUGACCUGGAGUACUUUGAGUGCUCCAAUGUCCCUGUGCCGGCCGGGAAGCACAGCACGGAGCCAGGCUUUGAAAAGGAGAUCUCCAAGCAGAUGGAAAAGGACAUCUUCCCUCAGGGCAAUCCCGGGCUGUGCUCCAUGGACAAGUCCCCCUCAUCCAUCAGCAGCCUGAGCAGGAGCGAGAGUCCCUUGGACAGCAUCUGCCUCAGUGAGUGCGAGAAGACGGCUGUGCUCACGCUCAUCCGAGAGGAGAUAAUCACCAAGGAGAUCGAGGCAAGCGAGUGGAAGAAGAAGUAUGAAGAGAGCCGCCAGGAAGUGCUGGAGAUGCGGAAAAUCGUGGCUGAGUAUGAGAAGACCAUUGCCCAGAUGAUAGAGGAUGAGCAGAGGACGAGCAUGACGUCCCAGAAGAACCUGCAGCAGCUCACCAUGGAAAAGGAGCAGGCGCUGGCAGACCUGAACUCGGUGGAGAGAUCCCUAUCGGAUCUCUUUAGGAGAUACGAGAACCUGAAGGGUGUCCUGGAAGGCUUCAAGAAGAAUGAGGAAGCUCUCAAGAAGUGUGCUCAAGACUAUUUAACCCGGGUCAAGCAGGAGGAGCAGCGGUACCAGGCCCUGAAGGUGCAUGCAGAGGAGAAGCUGGACAAAGCCAACGAGGAGAUCGCCCAAGUGCGUGCCAAGGCCAAGGCAGAGAGCACAGCACUGCAUGCGGGGCUGCGCAAGGAGCAGAUGAAGGUUGAGUCCUUGGAGAGAGCCCUGCAGCAGAAGAACCAGGAGAUUGAGGAGCUGACCAAGAUCUGCGAUGAGCUGAUAGCCAAGCUGGGCAAGACGGACUGAGCCCCAUCACCCAUCGCCCAGCACUCUGCACUUGGCCGCUUUCCUCCUAACGUGCAGCACUUUGCCUUACCCCAGGACCCCAGCACAGAGCACAGCAUCCUGCUGCCUGCUCCCGGUAUCCCAGGGUGCUGGGACCAGGAUCCCUGCAGCCAGGCUGUGUGUCCCUCUGCAUCGAUGCCACCUCUCAACUGGGAGGUGGGAUCCCCCCUUUUGUCUGGGUCUGGUUGUGCCCCUACACACUUGUCACUUACUGUCCCCUCCUGCUCCAGGCUGACCCCAUGAGGUCCUGCCAUGGGAUGUGGGUGAUGCCGAGGUUGGAGCUGCUGGUCCUUGUGCUAGGGAGGGGACCAUGCACAUGGGUGCAUGGCUGGGGAGAGGCAGCAAAGGGGAGCCUUAGGUUUGGGGCCACCAGUGUGAUCCUUUGGCCAAAGCAGCCUCUCAUGAGGUCAGUUGGUUUUGGGGCUCAGGGGACUGGUCCCAGUCUCUGGUCCAUAGGUGGAAGGCAGCACAGAGCAUCCUCAUCCCUGGCUGUGCCAAUGGAACCCAAUGUCUCUGCAUUCGUGCACUUUAUUAGCAUUUAUGAGCACUGAGGCUCUCUGCUCACCUCUUCCAGGCAGGCACGGUCCUGUUGCACAUCCCCUUCCCUUUGGAGCACGGAUACAGCCACUUCACCUGCAGGAACCUGAGUCCUCUCAUAGGAGAUCCCAGCCAAGGGGAGGGCAGGAGGCUCCUGCACUGGGAGCUGUUUGAGAUAUGGGGAGAUGCUGGUUCUGCAGGGCUGGGGCUUGUCCAUUUGCCUGCCCCACGGUCAGUGCCCUUCACAGUGCUAAAGCCAAGCCCCAUUCCCUUGUCUCCCCAUGCUGGGAUGGAUGCUACAGGAGGGAAUUGCUUCCUGAUUGAGCUGACUUAAGGCUCUUUCCCCAUCAGUGCAGAACAGAGCAGCCCUGCCCGGCUCUUUGCUGCUCUCAGCACUGAAUGUGAAGGGAACCAGACAAAAGCCAGCCUGGACAGGCACAGGCAGGUCCGGGCGGCAGUGAAAUUCCCUUUGGAAUCUAUGGAUGCAGCCCAAGAUCUGCUUUUCCAUGCAGGCAAGGUGCCCGUUCCGCCUCGGAGUCCAUGUCAAUGGACAUGCAAACCUCUGAGGAUGUGCUGGGAAUCAGGGGGGCUCCUCAAGAUCUGGGGUUCCAUAGGGUGCUGUGGGUCAGUGCAGAAGCAUCCCUGCAGAAGGCGGAUGGAUGGGAUCAGGCAAUAGCUGCAGUGGGAAAGGGAGGAUUCUAUUGCCUUGAGCAGGGAGUCAUAAAGCAUCACAUAAGGGAAGUGUUUGCUCUUUGGACUGUUUCCUACCCAGCCGAUUGAAGACUUCCACAAACCUUUUUGCUGCUACCUUUUUGUAAGAGAAUUGAGCUGUUUUCCUUCUAUUUUCUAACCCCCAUGGUGCGCACGCAGUGUUUAACAGAGCCAUGCACUUGGUUAUAUUUUAGUAGCUAUAUGAUGUAUAGAGAGAGUUUAUCAUGCACUUACACAGAUGAAGAUGCCAGCAGCCCUAGCACGCAGAGUCCAGGCCUGUUCCCUGUGCUCCCAGUUAUCCCAGUGACAGAGGUGGGGAAGCUGAUGGCUGACACCAUCCAUGGCGUUGUGCUGAAUAUUUGCCCCUUUGCACAGCAAGGAAAACCCCUUUUUCUGCUCUUUUUGCCCCUUUUUGUCCUCCCCACACAUCCAUGGGCUGGCAGGAGAGCCUCUGGCAGAUGAUGGGCAAGGAUGAUUCCUGUUUGGGCAGUCAGUGCCAGCCUCAGCCCACUGGAGCAUCACUCCCCUUCCCUCUUGUAUCAUCAGCAUUAGGGGUAUGCAGACUACAGCUCUCCUCCCAUGUCCCACUCCAGAACAGCAUUCCCACCUGGAUGUGUGACCCUUUGGACCUCCUGGGGGUCUGUGCAGGUGAAUUGACCCCCUCGAGACCAGGAAUUUCUUAGGGAGUUGGGUUUUGCUCUUUGCAGCAUCCUCCCCAUCUGCUUCCCAGCCUCUCCCGGUCCCACUCGCUGCCUCUGUCACCCCAGUGCUGCUGCAUCCCUGCGCCUGUCAGCAUGCACUUCCAGUCUGGGCAAAAGAAGAUUCCUAAGGAAUGAUUUAUUAACUAUAAUAUGGUUAUAGUUACAUAUAUAUAUAUAAGUAUAUAUGGUUAUAGUUCUAUAUAAUAGGAGGCGUGUGUUUGUAGCUGCAAGCAGGCAGGACUGUUGCAUCCCGGAUGCUGCUCUCAGGAGCCAGCAGUGGGGCUGUGCAUGGGGCUGGCUUAGCCCUGGAGCCAUUUGGAUACCACGUUCCAGUCAGGAUGCAUCCCGGUUUGGGGAACACUGUGGGUCCCCAUGCUUGGGGUCCAGCAUCGUGGUGUUUGUCAUCAUCUGCUUGCAGUAGAGGUGAAAUCCCUGUAUCCAGCAAAGUGCCGAUGAGGAACUGCCCUGACUUUAGAUGGCUCCCCCAAGGCAGGCGCUUCCCUGCCCUGACCCCAAUCGCUUCCCACCACGUGUGUAAGUGCCAUUGCCAUCGGUUUUAUAUGUCCAAUGAGUUCCCUUUUCUAUGUCAGGUAAAUAUUUGUAAGAGUUCUAAUCCCACAAAUGAGAUUAUUCUAACGAUUACUAAUAUAUUUUUGUUGCCAUGUUUCAUUGCCUGAAUAAAACCCGUGUUUAUCACUUGAAA